GGAAUUUGAUGAAGAAAAGAAAGGAAUCUGUAAAGACCCAUUUAUCUAUGAGGGAAUAACUUGAAACUACCUAAAUGUCAAACAAUGUGAAAUUAUUUAUAUGAUGAUAGAGCCAUGAUACUAGACAAAGAACAUUUAAUGGCAUGGGAUUUCAUGGCUGAUGUCCAAGUGCAGUUGAUUGGCAAAGGCAAACCAAAUCCUUUGAAAAAUAUUCUAAAUGAAAAUGAUGUUGUAUUCAUCUUGGAAAAAGUGCCUUUGGAAAAGGAAGAAACAAGUCACGUUGAAGAGCUACAAUCUGAAGAAACUGCUAUUUCUGAUUUCUCUACUGGUGAGAAUGUUGGGCCACUUGCUUUACCAGUUGAGAGGGCAAGGCAGUUAAUUGGACUUUACACCAUGGCUCACAAUCCUAAUAUGACCCACAUAAAGAUUAAUCGGCCAGUUACUGCCCUUCCUCCCCUUUGGGUAAGGUGUGACAGUUCAGAUCCUGAAGGGACCUGUUGGCUAGGAGCUGAGCUUAUCACAACAAGUAACAGCAUCACAGGAAUUGUCUUAUAUGCGGUCAAUUGUAAAGCUGAUAAAAAUUAUUCUAUAAAUCUUGAAGACUUAAAAAAUUCACAUAAGAAAAGACAUCAAUUGUCUGCUGUUACAGCCAGGGGCUUUGCCCAGUAUGAGCUCUUGAAGUCCACUGCCUUGGAUGAUACAAUCCCCACAUCACAAACUACGAUCACUUUGGAUAUUUCCUGGAGUCCUGUGGAUGAGAUUCUUCAGAUCCCUCCACUCUCUUCAACUGCAACUCUGAAUAUUAAAGUGGAAUCAGGAGAUCCCAGAAGUCCUUUGAAUCAUCUUCACAGAGAACUGAAAUUUCUCCUUGUUUUGGCUAUUGGUUUGAGGACUGGUGUAACCGAAUGGCCUGCACCUCUGGAAGCAAAAUCUGCUGUUGAACUUGUGCAGGAGUUUCUAAAUGACUUAAAUAAGCUGGAUGGAUUUGGUGAUUCUACAAAAAAAGACACAGAGACAGUGAAGCCCGACAGUACUGCAUUUGAUCGUUCCAUCGAGUGUCUUUUCACAGUACGGGGCGAUCUGGAUUUUGCUGAGCAGCUGUGGUGCAAAAUGAGUAGUAGUGUGAUUUCAUAUCAAGACUUGGUGAAGUGUUUCACAUUGAUCAUUCAGAGUCUACAACGUGGUGACAUACAGCCAUGGCUCCAUAGUGGAAGUAACAGUUUACUAAGUAAGCUCAUUCAUCAGUCUUACCAUGGAGCCAUGGACACAGUUUCUCUCAGUGGGACUCUUCCAGUUCAGAUGCUUUUGGAAAUUGGUUUGGACAAACUAAAGAAAGAUUAUAUCAGUUUUUUCAUAGGUCAAGAACUUGCAUCUUUGAAUCAUUUGGAAUAUUUCGUUUCUCCGUCAGUAGAUAUACAAGAACAAGUUUGUCGUGUUCAAAAACUUCACCAUAUUCUAGAAAUAAUAGUCAGUUGCAAGCUUUUCAUUAAACCUCAACAUGAGCUUCUCUUUUCUUUAACACAAUCCUGCAUAAAAUAUUAUAAACAAAAUCCUCUUGAUGAGCAACAUAUUUUUCAGCUGCCAGUCAGACCAACUGCUGUAAAAAAUUUAUAUCAAAGUGAGAAGCCACAGAAAUGGAGAGUGGAAAUAAAUAGUGGUCAAAAAAAGGUGAAAACAGUUUGGCAACUGAGUGACAGUCUACCUGUAGACCAUCUGAAUUGCCACAAAUCUGUUACAGAUUUUUCUGAAUCCAUAUUAAACAGUAGCCUGGAAGAAAGGAUAUCCUAUACUAUCAUGGUUACCUGCAGCCAGGUGCAUUUCAAGUGAAGUGUGCUGAUGGGCUCCUCUAUCAGCAUAAGACCAAAAAAGCAAAAAGAAAAAAAUUACUAUGGAGCCUGAAACAGACGUAUGUAAAUUUUUGAAGCAGAAAAUGGAGGAAGAGCCGGAAGAUUA